CGUGACCGUCCAGCCUCCCCCCGCCAACCUAUAUAAGGGGGCCGAGUGCUGUGUUGAUCCCAGUUCUGAGUUGAGCCUUGACAGAGGAGGAGGACCUGCCUACCACAGCUGUCACAAACCCACCAAGAGUCUCUAGCCAACCUAUAUCAGAAGGCAUCAUGACCAUCAACUACUUCAACGAGAGCGCCGUGCAGACCCCCGGCGGGCUGGGCACCUCCGUGGGCUCCAUCGUGCUGCAGGCCGCCACCGUCGCCUGGGCUGUCGGUUCAGGCUUUCUCUCUAUGGGCCGCCGCAGAAGGCACGCACAGCCAGGGGGCGCGGCGGACGGGGACCAGGCCAUGCGGGACUUGGUGAUAAAGGUGCUGGAUGACGUGGACGCGCCCACCUGCCUGCCCCUCGCGCUGUGCCACGCCGUCAGUCUACCGCGCCGCAGCCUCACCCCGGGACACCACGCCAUCAUCGGCCUGCUCAGCCCCCUCCCCGCCGCCCCCGUCGCCUGGCCCGCCGUCCACACCCCCGCCGCCAAGUACCAGUACGCCGCCUUCGUGGGCCAGUGGGCGGGGAUCACUGGCGACCCUGAACAGUGCCGCCGCGUCUUCCCCGCCUGCACCAUGGCCCCCGAGGACGUCAUCACCGCCGUCACCACCUGGAAGCUUCCCUGCAUCCCGAAUAACGACGCUGAUAACAACAUAAAGGCGUAAUAGCGUUCAUCCUUUAUUUUGUUGCUACGGGUGAUUUUGCGGGUCAUUUUUGGGUUGUAGGGAGAGUAAUUCACUGGGCUAGUAUUUAGAGAACAGAGAAGGACGCGUAGUAAUGGUUUAAGUAGUGAGAGAUGAGGAGGACGCAUAGUAAUGGGUUUAAGUAGCAAGAGAGCUGAGGAGGACUUGUAGUAAUGGUUUAAGUAGUAAGAGAGGAUUCGUAGUAAUGGUUUAAGUAGUGAGAAGAGGACUCGUUGUAAUGGGUUUAAGUAGCAAGAGAGAACAGGACUUGUAGUAAUGGUUUAAGUAGUGAAAAAGAAGAGAAGGACUCGUGGUAAUGGGUUUAAGUUCAUCAGAUUCAGAUUAAAUGGGUUAGAAGUAAAAUUUAGUACAAAAGGACUCGUGGUAAUGGGUUUAAGUUCAUCAGAUUCAGAUUAAAUGGGUUAGAAGUAAAAGAGAGUACAAAAUAACUCGUGGUAAUGGGUUUAGUUAGGUAGGUUCAGACUCCGUGAAGACCUGGGCGAGAACUGAUAUGUCUGAGGGUGAGUGGAACAAGCUUCAGGAGUCCCCAUAUGACAGACACGUGCGAGAAAUGACCCCUGAUGUUUCUUUUGGUUAUUGUUCUUAGUUCAGGGAGGGAAGCACUCAAGGAUCACACGGCCAAAGUCAGUCCUGUAGCAAGUAGUUGAGGGAGUUGUUUAUCCUCUUCAGUCCCUCCUCUCAAGACGGUUCAGGUCCAACUCAUGUAGUAUACGGAGCUGUUUGCCGAGACAUCGUGUACGGGUUGCCUCGGGCUGUCCCAUUGGUUCGCUCUCUUAGUUCGUUUGCUUGUGUUUGUGUCUCGUGUCUUUUGUUAACGAUAUGUGUGUUUUGUUUUCGUAGUUCUAUUUCUUUAUUGUUUUAUAUUAGCAUUUUAUAUUAUUGUUGUAUGUUUUUGUAAGUGUGUUGUAAAACCCCGUAGAGUUGUUGCCGUGUCCGAGUGUUUUGUGUGUGUGUUUGGUCCUGUCGUAAGGCCAGCUAACCAGUGUUGCUUGCAUGCUUGUGUUGUGUUCAGUACAUGCUAACACGGGACUCGAGUGUUUUAUUUUAACAUUAGCGGUAAGUGUCCCUCAAGCUGAGUGUCUGGAGGUUUGACUUCAUACUAUAAACUAAAAUGAAAAAAAUCUUGCCCAGCUGCCUCAGUAUAGCCCUGAAGUGAUGCAUGUAUUAUUUAGCCAGGCAUACUCUUCUUGUGGUAAUGGAGGCAGACUUACAAUGAAAGUAAAGUAUAAAAUCGUUCUUGUUUAAGAAUUGCUCU